UGCGGCCCUUUUUUCCUCUUAGCGCUGGGCGCUGAGCGGUUGCGCGCCUCUUUCUUCGCUGCCUCCGAGUUCUAGAUUAGCCGUCGCCAUGGGUUUUGGAGACUUGAAAAGCCCCGCUGGCCUCCAGGUGCUCAACGACUACUUGGCGGACAAGAGUUACAUAGAGGGGUAUGUGCCAUCACAAGCAGAUGUGGCAGUAUUUGAAGCCGUCUCCGGCCCACCACCUGCCGACUUGUGUCAUGCCCUCCGUUGGUAUAAUCACAUCAAAUCUUAUGAGAAGGAAAAGGCCAGCCUGCCAGGAGUGAAGAAAGCUUUGGGCAAAUAUGGCCCUGCUAAUGUGGAAGACACCACAGAAAGUGGAGCUACAGAUAGUAAAGAUGAUGAUGACAUUGAUCUCUUUGGAUCUGAUGAUGAGGAGGAAAGUGAAGAAGCCAAGAGGCUAAGAGAAGAACGCCUUGCCCAGUAUGAGUCAAAGAAAGCCAAAAAACCGGCACUUGUCGCCAAGUCUUCCAUCUUACUAGACGUGAAACCUUGGGAUGAUGAGACCGACAUGGCAAAACUAGAGGAGUGCGUCAGAAGCAUUCAAGCAGACGGCUUGGUCUGGGGCUCUUCUAAACUAGUUCCAGUUGGGUAUGGCAUUAAGAAACUUCAAAUACAGUGUGUAGUUGAAGACGACAAAGUUGGGACAGACAUGCUGGAGGAGCAGAUCACUGCUUUCGAUGAGUAUGUACAGUCUAUGGAUGUGGCUGCAUUCAACAAGAUCUAAAAUCCAUCAUGGAUCAGUGCCCUUAAAUAAAAGUUUGAAAGACAA